ACAAAUAGGUUUUAAACAUACAUUUUAUUGCUAGGUUUUUAGAAUCAAUAUAUGUUUUAAGAUGAAACCAGUAUAUUACAUUUAUUAAUUAUUUUUUUUAGGAUUAAAGAAAAAAAAAUGAACAAAAUACUAUAUUUUGUUUUAUUUUAAAUGUUUAUUACUUUUUCUGAAUUUAUAUCAAAUGUUAAUAUAGUUUUGCAAUUUGUAAUAUGUCAUUGAAUAACAAGACUGAACCCUAUAAUGAGUCAUCAGGUGUUCCAGUUGUGGAUUUGUCUGAUACCUCAGAUGAUGAUGAAUUAGCAGUAACAAAAAAAGUUGGUAGAAACCUAAGUGAUCAACUAGAAAGGCCAAGAACACCUGAAACGCAUUGUUCUAUUUGUCUUGAAGAAUUAAACAAUAAAUGCUACUCAGAUUCAUGUUGGCAUGUGUUUUGUUUUGAAUGUUUAAAACGAUGGUCAACUAUUGAAUCAUCCUGUCCAUUAUGUAAAAAAGGUUUCAAAUUUAUAAAUCAUACAUUCACAGAACAAGGCAUUCAUGAAACUUAUGAGGUACCUAUUCAAGACAGAGAUGCAUCACAAAGAAUUUUUUUACGUCCUUUUGCUGAUGUUAAUAGAUUUUUCAGAAUGAAUUUAUUGUUGGAUCUCGUGAGAAGGAAUGAGAGACUAAUAAGUGAACAAGAUCGUGGUUAUUCCCAUUAUCACCAAAGACAAUUUCCAGCUGAAUCAAAUUUUACUGUUAUUAACGGUCAUCUUAUACGGCGCCAAACUCAUGGUCAAGCUAUGAGAGUUCGUGUGUAUACUGACAAUGUUUGGGCUGAACCAUUGCCUGAUUUAAGUGGUCGCUUUAGAGAUUGCAGUUCAGCAUUUUAUAGAGAUAAUCCAGCUCAAAUGUACCGAUUGGCUGGUUUUAUUGUCCGGGAUAUUUCGGCCAUUAGAGAAAUAGAAAGAUCUGAAGGUUUAAGAUCUGAUAAUCCGAAUGAUGAAGACUAUAUUACAAAUAUAAUUAUGCAAACAAUUUUAAAUUAUGAAAUUCGUGAAUCAUUUACAACUGCUGUUUUAAGACCAUUUCUUGGUGAAUAUACUGCACAUUUUUGUCAUGAGCUACAUAAUUAUGCUACUAGUCCAUAUGAUAUGAUUGGUUAUGAUCGUAAUGUAAGAUAUAAUAGUCGCCCAGGUUUUACAUCACUUCAAAAUGGUAUAAAUACCAUUGACUUACAAAUUCCUGUUAAUCCACCUACUAAUGUUAGGACACUGCCAUCUUUGAACGAUACAAUUAUUGUUGAUUCUGAAAGUGAUUCAGAUUCAAUUAGAAUACAAUAUGCACAAGAAGUCAUUGUGGUAAGCAGUAGUACUAGUGAAGAUUCAGAUAUUGAAAUUCUUAGUCAACCAUUCAGACCUGUUGAUACAUAUGAUUUUUCAAUUAGAGAUCAACCAUCUACUUCUACAGGAAUACGUAAUUCCUUAGACCGUCCUACUAAUAGGUAUAAUCUUAGACGAAGGAGAUUAUUUUCACCUCCACUAGCUGAUACAGCUGGAUGUCCUGUGCACUUAUCUCGAAUUGGAUCUACAUCUAGUUCAAGACGAAGAAGAAUUACAAUAGAAUCCUCAUCAUCUGAUGAUGAAGCAACUAUUACUCAUCAGCCACAAGCAUUGCGCAUGAAAGCUGAAAUAGUGUAUGGAAAAAGGAAAAAGAAGGUAAAAAAGAGCAAACAGAAAAAGAAAAAGAAAAAUAUGGAUACUCCAUCUGAUGUACGUUUUAGGAGUAGAAGUCGAUCAUAUUCAGGGUCAUCAUCUUCUUCGGGUGAUACAGAUCUUAGAGGUCAUAUUUCUGUUCAGCCAUCAAAUGAUUUGUAGCUCAAUCAAAAUCAAUUGUAAAUUUUUUUUUUUUAAUAAUCUGAUGUAUUGUUAAACUACUGUUCAGUAAAAAUGUAUUUUAUAAUUAAUAGUUAUUUGUCUUCAUUUUAAAUUGUAUAUGAUUAUAUUUAUUUAAAGUAUUUAACUUAUGAUUAAACUGUAUAUAAAAUUCAAA